AUGGAGAACCAAGAGUUUUCAGGUUCAUCCGAGCUGUCGGAUGGGCAUGAUACGACAGAAACAUCCGCUCGCUCUGAAGCCCUCCUGACUCCCUUAGUAACCAGGAUCUUCAACGUGCGCGACAAACCGUUGGAGCCCAAGAAGCCCGAGGAAGUAGACGACCAAGGCCAGCGAAAGAUCCCCGAGCCCUACGACCACUAUGAGCCUUGCAGACCCUCUGAACCCCACACGCCUUAUGUGCUCUACGAACCCUAUCAGUCCUACGAAAUCACUGAGCUCCACGCUUCCCACGCAGCCCGCAAGUUCCUCGCUCCCUGUGAGCACCAUGGGUACCAUGCUCCCCGUAAGCCCCACAAGCCCCACGAAGCCGAGCUGUUUCCCAGCGCUAAGGUGAUGACCUCCCCAUCUCUGGUGACCAGAAUCCCGCCUCGGAUUCCAUUGUCUACCCUGAACGAUCCUGGUCCUUGUGUGUUUUUAAGGAAAUGGAAGAGAAUCCAAGAUCUUUCUAGGCCUAAAAAACAAUGGGGAACACCAGAUAGAAAACUGUUUUGGGGAAAUCAAGAUCCUAUUUGCCCUAUUUCCAGGAGUGCUUUGAAUGCUCAGCUGACCAAAAGACUUGAGAACCUUGCCCAGCCCAAGGAAGUCUCCCACCGAUAUGUACCUAACAGGGCUCAAUAUUACUACAGCUGUGGCAGAGGUUCUGUAAUCUGGGAGAUCCCUUCUUCUGCACUGUUUAGAAAAAUUUCCAAAAGGAUCCAGAAGCUGGCACAGCCCAACAGAGUCAAGAAAGAGCAUGUAAUAAAUAGGUCAUUCAGUGAUUACUUAAAAAAAGAUUCUCUUAAAAUCUCUGAUCCUUCUCCUCGGAUACUACGACUCUCAAUAGCCAAAGGCACAGAUCCAAACUACCUUCCUCCAAAAAACAUUGAAAACAGGGUUUCAAUUUCUGCUCAGACUGCUGUCAUAGCUCCAAGAAUUAUAGACCUUGCCCAUCCAAGGCUCAAGAUAGAGGGUCUAUGCUAUCCAAGAGAAACAUGUGAAAAACCUAUCCAUCCUAUAUCCCAAGCUGCCUUGUUUGCCAAGCCUAACCCUCGAAUAGUAGCUCUAGCUAAGGCCAAGCCUCUUCAUCAAGAUUAUUUACCUGCUUAUGAUUCCUACCGGCCAGUAUCUUAUGCUGCUAUCCAUUCUGAAGCAUCUCCCAGAAUUCAAGAACUGGCUAAUCCAAGUACAAGGGCUCCUGUACAUAUUGUAUACUAUGAUCCAGAGGUCUUCAACGUCAAGCCAGCUGCUUUGAAAGCACAAUGUUCUCAGAGGAUCCAGAAGUUGGCAGAACCUCUUAGGCGUUAA